AUGGAGAAGAAUUCGGGCUCCCAUGGCUCCGUAUCCGAAUUCGAAGCCCAGUCUCAAGACGUCCAUCUUCAGUCCAAAAUGAAGACCCUCCGCAUGGUCGACACCGCGCGGGUAGGCGCAACAGCACUGGCGCUCCUCAUGAGCUUGACCGUCCUUGGAGUCUCCGCCAACACACUCCGUGUCUACAAUGACACACAUGUCUCAUCCGAUUUCUUGCUGCCGCUCUGGCCAGACGAGUUCAACAUCGGCCCCACGGUGGCCCUCGUGAUCGGGAGCGCAAUUGUUAUGGUCGCCCAUGUUGUCGGCCUUUUGUUUAGUCAGCUGCGCUUUCUCCGUGCGAGGGCUGCAGCUCACACCUCUACCACCAUCAUCUGCCCCGUCCUCGGUCUUGCCGGCGCCCUUAUCUCGGUCAUCUUCUUCUAUGCUGUCAACGCCUCGGACACGGUCGACACAUUCCUCUCGUGGACGUGCCGGUGGCGGGAUAUCCCCAUGUCCCAGCAGCCGUAUUGGGGAACGCUCUGCGAGCAGAGCCAUGCCGGUUUGGAUAUGUCCAUCGCUCUCAUUCCUGUUGAGGUGGUAAUCCUGGGGCUAGCUGCGUUUCAGUGGAAGACGGAGAAGUAUGUUAACAACUACCUGGGGGCGAGGAAGAGCCCCGCGCUGUCUUGA